UUUACCAAACGACUCGACUGCUUAGUAGACGAGCCUUGAGUUUGAUAUUAAUUUUAACUUAUAGUGCUCAUCCGCCGUGUACGAUAAUGUCUGUGGAUCCCUUCCGUUUCGAUAAAAAUGACAUAGUGCUGUGUUACCACAGAUCUAUGCUAUAUGAAGCAAAGUGCUUAAAACGACGAAUUGGACCUGACGGUGAAUUGAACUACUACAUUCAUUACAUAGGGUGGAAAACGAAAUGGGAUGAAUGGGUACACGGUGAUCGUGUUUUGUCUGUAAAUGAGUUUUCGCUUGACCACAUGAAAGCACUCCAAGACCAACACAAGUUUAAAAAACAUUUUAACAAAGGAAGAGUUGGCAGACGUAAAAAAAAUACUGAAGUAAACCAAACCACUGAUGCUCCAUCUUCGGCUACUGAAGAGUCUGAACCAUCUUCUAAUCCGGUUUUGGUUGCAUUCAGAACUGUUGGUCUAAUAGAAAAUAACAUUAAUAACUUACCUGCCAUACAAGAGUUUUUGCCUCCAUACGAUAAACAACUAAAAUUUGAUGUGCCUACAAUUCUGAAACGGCGAUUGUCCUACGACUAUAAUAUGAUAAACGUUUUUAACAAGCAAUUAAAGUUUCCAUCCAAAUUCACUGUUAUGCAUCUCAUUGAUGGUUAUAUCGGUUCCAAACAAAAAUCAACAAUAUUUGUUAGGGAAAGAGCUUUGUGUGUUGGAUCGACUUUUAUUCAAUAUUUUAAUUCACGAAUACAGACGCUGCUAUAUGCGAAAGAACGUAAUAAUGAAGUGCACAAUAAAGCUGUUGCUCUGUUAUCAGAAAAAAUAAGACUUGACAGUUUACAAUUCAAAUAUAAAAACAUUUAUUCGGAAGACUUGUGGUGUACAGUUUAUGGACCCAUUUAUUUACUAAGGCUAUGUGUUAAUUUGAAAAAAUUUCUAAGACCAAAGUUUGUGACCGAAGACAACCAGCUCUCUUCCAUUGCUGAUAGCAUAAAUGAUUUUUUCAAGUACCUAGAACAGCAACAUUCCAAAUAUUUUGCCAACGAUGACUACGAACCUGCAACUGAUACGAGCGAGACAGAAGUAUCGUUAACAUAAUCUAUUUUUCACAUCACUAAAAAUUCAUCCUCUCAAUUCUUAGUUUUCUUCCUAUUUUGAUAUAAACUAAAUUAUUUGAGCAGUGAAGUAUAAUUUUAUGUAUUUUAUAAUGUGUUCAGAAUUUAUAUUUGAAUUUUUUUCUACGUCAUCCAUCGCACAUUCAACUUUUUUCCUCUUUUUAUCUUUUGACUUAUCAAUUUUUUUUU